UUUGUUCAAUGACCCUCCUCCCAAGCAGAAGACAUCUAACCUGAACGAAGAUAAGAAAAAAAUGGAUCGGACGAAUAAGCUCUUGGGAGAUGGAGAUGAGGACCCCGAAUUUGGAACGCGGCCUAACGAUUUUGACUGUCGUUUUGCUGCACGACCUUCGUCAAACCUUAAGAAAAAUUCAAAACAUCCACUAGCGCAGGGAAAUUCGAACGUUACUUCAACAUCAAACUUGAACGUCUCCGAUCAUAGAAAAACCUCAACAUUUGUCGCCGAAAGGGAUCGACCAUCCUUGGACGUAAUCAAAAGGGCUGCGCUCCAUGCUGAAAAACCAACGGUUGAAAAAGAAACGAAAAAAGCUUUCGCCAACACGUUAGAUGUUAGCAAGAUGUACCAGAAUCUGCUGAAAAUGAAGGAAUGGACAGUAAAAUUUACGCUAAUUUACAAUCCCACUGAAAAAAAUUGUAAAAUGUGCCAAAUCCCUAUUUUGGACGAUAGUGAGGUGAUGGAGCAUUUUAUGAUCCAUUUCACGCCUUGCUGUUCUUCCUGUGCAACGGGAAAAUGCGUCAGCCACUCUGUGCCACUCUUUCAACACAAGGAAAACUACUAUCAAGAUUUUACACAGCACAAGCUCACUCUAUUCAAUGAGAUUGAUGGUGCUAUAUACAAAUGUUCAUCUUGCGAAAUUUCAUUCAGGAAGUGUGCAGAGAUUCCUAUUGAUACUUUCUACCACUUUUGUCCCCUAGAUAAGUGCCCAAGAAGUUUCACGUGUAUGGAAGAGUUAGUUGUGCAUGUACUUGGCCACUUGGCUUCAAAAGUGUGCGAAACAUGCCGAACCGUGCUCCUGCCCUCCAGUAACAUACAACAACACAUUGCAAAGCACAUGCUUUCAUUUGAGUUUGAGUGUGAGAGUUGUGGCGCGCAAAUAAGUGAUGAAAACUUGCUCAUUAAACACCUCCGCGGCUGCACAAAAAACGUUGUGCAGAGGUUUAGAAAUGCAGUUAAAAAGUCACUUGCUGCAGAGAACCAAUUACUGGACGUUUUUGUGAAAAAAGAACAGUGUCUCCAAUGCUCGGUAGAAAUGAUGAGCAAACAAAGCUUGAAUAUUCACGUAUCGAAUCAUCCUUUGCUCUUGUGCCCGCUCUGCUCUGCGCCCGUAGAUUCAUUGAUGUCGCAUUGCUUGAAUGCUCACAAGAAAAUAUUUAGUUUGCAAGCAACAGACGUUCGUACGGUGACCGCGUUCAAAGAGGCUAUUAAGUAUAAGAACGACGAUUUGAUCAACAGUGUAAAAAACAUGUAUACUUCGGCAACUGACUCUUUCAAGGACUUCGUGUUGAAAAGAGUUUUUGUUAAUGCUGAGCACAAAUCUGUAACAUCUUGUUUUGUCUGCUCAAUGAAGUUUGAAAAUGACUUAAGACAAGAAAUUGACGCUCACUUUCGGGUUCACCUCACCCCCUGCUGCCUUUCAUGCAAUAUAAAUCAAAGUAUUUACUGCGACGUGCACAAGUCAGUUCUCUUCCUGCACCGAGAGAAUUAUUUUGUCAACAUGAGCUGUCACAAAUUGCACAAAUCAACUGACGGACAAUCCUUUAGAUGCAAGAAUUGUACCAUAGUGUUUGGAUCACCACAUGAGAAGAAGCUGAUCAAAAGUCUCUACCAAAAAUUCCACCAGUGCGAUGAAUGCAGUCUUGACACUUUAAGCGAGGACAAGGUCGCCAUUCAUAUCUUGGUACACAUGGCAAAGAAAGUGUGCGUAUAUUGUCCAUUCUACACCACUUCCAGCACUUUGGCCAGUGAGCAUGUUGCAUUACACAGAGGCGCAAUGACUUGCGUACAUUGUAAAUUAACAUUCCACAGUGAGGAUAGCUAUACGGAACACUCCCGGUGCUGUGUGAGCGGCUUGUACAGAUACCUUUCCAUGGAAAAGAAAAAUACUAACUUGAUUAAGAUUAAAAACCUCGUCGCAUUCUGCAGACUGUGUAGCAUGAUGUUUGAUUCUAUCAAAUCACUGACGCAACACAUGUCUUUUCAUCUGCGGAUCGGUUGCCCCUUUUGCAAAAUAUAUCCAAGCGUCCUCGAGCUGCAUAUUAUGAACUGCCAUAAAAGUAAAGUAGAUCUCAGUGUUGAAUGUUCGGCGUCAAAUUUGCAGAUGUCUAUUUUGAAAGAGCGUGUCAACAAAAUCAAAGCUCACGCUCUGGAAUGCUCCAGUAUUGAUCUUUCCUUUGCACCUCAGAAAGACACUCCAGGAACUGAGGGUGCAGAUAGUGAAGGGAAGAGGUUGGGGUGCCAAAUUUUUACGCUGAAUGUACCUAACAAAUAAACGACAUCAUACUGUAAAGGAAA